ACUUUGUGGGGGUUUGAAGUGCCAAACACCAGAUAUUGUUGUUUACCCUCUCUUCUUCUUUCAUAGUCAAAGAAAAGCCAUCUGAUAGCAAGAGGUCAACUCGUGUUCCCUUGAAAUCAAUUUAUUCCCAGACCCGAUUCCUCUCCCUCCUCCUGCUGUGGGAGAAUAAGAGCUUGUGAAGGAUGAGGAGCCUUAUCACUGCUUCGCUGUGAGGAAGGCAGUGCUGGCUGCCGUCUCAGAGGUUGGACCUAAGCUUUAUCAGCAGAGGGGCGCGCCACCCACGAGGAAGAGAAGACCACCUUUAGGAUGAGAAGUGCGCAAAGUGGACACAUUUUUCUUGGAAAUAGAUACAUGUGAAUGAGGUGAAUCAACUCUGGAUGGCACUAUGACGCUGAAAAGAUUUGAACAUUCAUAAGGACGCAGAAACUUGACGAUUUCUCCGGAUAAUCCACGGGUGGGAUGAAGAACUAAAGUCUAGAAGUUUGAGGCAGCAUGUCUAAACCAAUGGAUCACGUCAAACGCCCGAUGAACGCUUUCAUGGUCUGGUCCAGAGCCCAGCGCAGGAAAAUGGCUCAGGAGAACCCGAAGAUGCACAACUCCGAGAUCAGCAAGCGGCUGGGAGCGGAGUGGAAACUUCUCACGGAGUCCGAGAAGAGGCCGUUCAUCGACGAAGCCAAGCGGCUCAGGGCGAUGCACAUGAAGGAGCAUCCAGACUACAAGUACAGACCGAGGCGGAAGCCCAAGACUUUGAUGAAAAAAGAUAAGUUUUCCUUCCCGGUGCCCUAUAAUCUUGGGGAGCACGACGCGCUCAAAGUUAGCGGACUUUCCGCAGGAGCGCUCUCCGACUCCGUCAUCGGGAACCCGGACAAGGCUGCGGCGGCCGCGGCGGCCGCGGCUGCGAGGGUCUUCUUCAACCCGUCCAUGUCAGCGAACCCGUACUCGUUUUUUGACCUGGGAUCCAAGAUGACCGAGCUUUCCCCGCCUUCCUUUCCUUACGCCUCUCCUUUGGGUUACCCGCCGGGAGGGGCGGCGGCGUUUACCGGGACUGGCGGCGUGGGCGGUGGGACACACACCCACACUCACACGCACCCGUCACCGGGUAACCCGGGGUACAUGAUCCCGUGUAACUGUACGGCCUGGCCCUCGGCGGGACUCCAGCCGCCCUUAGCCUACAUCUUGCUGCCCGGGAUGGGGAAACCUCAGCUUGAACCUUACCCUGCAUAUGCUGCGGCGUUAUGAUAGGCCCGCUACAGAGAUGACUGUGACUGAUCUGUUCAUGCAAGAUUUUUUAUUAUGCAUGCAAAAACUUGUACAUGUGAUGAAGUGCUCGUCCUCUCAAAUAUCACAUGUGUAUGUACAUUGAUUAAUGCCUUUAUCUAAGGUAAUGCUUAUUUAGAGAACUCUCUAAUCUAUUAUUGCUCAGCCAGGAAGACGACUGAACAAGGAGCAGAGAUUUGAGCUGUUGAGCAUCUUUUUCACCUGCAGGACUGACCUGUUGGAAUCAUGGCCAAUGACCCCACCCCCCAUCCUUUCUCCUGCUUCUCUCAUCAGGACCACAACUGUUUACUUUCAGAUGGGUGGGAGGGGGGCUUAUUAUUCAAGGAUCAAUGAGGAGGACUGCCACAACACUGUAAAUGUAAAUGUGUACAGAUCCAAAAUGACCUUUAGUUUAUUUGCCGUUAUAGGCUUUAGUGUUUGAGAUAUUUCACUAGAAACACGGUGUAUAUAUUUUGAGGGUUUUUUUUAAAAAACCGUUUUAUAGAUGUCUGUAAUAUUUAUUGUUUUAGUGGAAUUUAUGGUGAGCCAGACAAUUUUAAAAAAGGACAAGACAUUUGCACAUGAAUCUUACAAGAUGUAAUUUAUUUUGAAGCUUUCUUUUUCUUUAAAUAGUAAAAAAACAAACAGAAAAAAAAAGUUUGGAAGCAGUUGGAAGUUUAUUAUAAUUUUCACCAUUCCCACUUCUUGUGUCAUGUGCAGCAAGGGAAAAAAAAGACCCCUUUUAACUAACUCAUAUGGAAUUUGUAUGUUUUGUGUUUUCCUUUAACAUCCCGUUAUGUACAUCAAACUAUUGUUGAGCAAAAGGACUACAAUAAAACCUAUUCGGAUUAAACGGAA